AGACAGAAAGAGGCAGAGGUGGGCAGAGGUGUGACUGAGUGGACAGACGGAGGCAGAGAGACACUCAGAGCAAAUUGAGCAUUUGCCAUCUCCUGUUUCUGUAUAGUUUUUCAAAGUGGGGGGGAAAGUUGAACUAUCGCACCUUUGUCGUGCGCCUAAACGGGAUAGGCUGUUUCUCCAAAUACUUUGGAGUCACACACUUUGAGACCAAACAGUAGCCUAUAUUUGGAGGUGGCGGUCUGGCUGGAGUUUUAUUUGCCUCCGCGUCGGUGCGAGCGGUGAUCGGGUUACAAUGAGAGCGCGUCUGGAGCUGUGGCUGAGCCUGCUGGCGCUGUGCGCGCUGGCCGGAGGCGCGUCCGGCGGCUACGGGCUCAGCAUGUUCGCCGCGCAGUCCUCCCCCCCGGACCCCUGCUACGACGAGAACGGGAACCCCCGGAGGUGCAUCCCCGACUUCGUCAACUCCGCGUUCGGCAAAGACGUGCGGGUGUCCAGCACCUGCGGCGGCCCCGCGGCGCGCUACUGCGUGGUGACCGAGAAGGGCGAGGAGCGCGCCCGGGACUGCCACACCUGCGACGCCGGGGACCCCAAGAAGUCCCAUCCGCCCGCCUACCUGACCGACCUCAACAACCCGCACAACCUCACCUGCUGGCAGUCGGAGAACUACGUGCAGUUCCCGCAGAACCUCACCCUCACCCUGUCCCUGGGGAAAAAGUUUGAGGUGACCUACGUUUCUCUGCAGUUCUGCUCCCCCAGACCGGAGUCCAUGGCCAUCUACAAGUCCAUGGACUACGGCAAAUCCUGGGUGCCGUUUCAGUAUUACUCCACUCAGUGCAAGAAGAUGUACAACCGCCAGAACAAGGCGGUCAUCACCAAGCAGAACGAGCAGGAGGCGAUCUGCACGGACUCCCACACCGACAUGCACCCCCUGACGGGGGGGCUGAUCGCCUUCAGCACCCUGGACGGACGGCCGUCGGCGCACGACUUCGACAACUCCCCGGUGCUGCAGGACUGGGUGACGGCCACCGACAUCAAGGUGAUCUUCAGCCGGCUGCACACGUUCGGGGACGAGAACGAGGACGACUCGGAGCUGGCCCGAGACUCCUACUUUUACGCAGUGUCCGACCUGCAGGUCGGAGGACGGUGCAAGUGCAACGGGCACGCGUCGAAGUGCGUCAAGGACAGAGAGGGGAAUCUGGUGUGCGAGUGCAAACACAACACGGCGGGACCGGAGUGCGACAGGUGCAAACCUUUCCACUACGACCGGCCCUGGCAGCGCGCCACGGCCAGGGAGGCCAACGAGUGUGUCGCCUGCCACUGCAACCUGCACGCCCGCCGCUGCCGUUUCAACAUGGAGCUGUACAAGCUGUCGGGCCGCAGGAGCGGCGGCGUCUGCCUCAACUGUCGUCACAACACGGCGGGACGCCACUGCCACUACUGCAAGGAGGGCUACUACAGGGACAUGACCAAGUCCAUUUCUCACCGCAGAGCUUGUAAAGCAUGUGACUGCCAUCCGGUUGGAGCAGCAGGAAAGACGUGCAACCAGACCACUGGCCAAUGCCCCUGCAAGGACGGGGUGACGGGGAUCACCUGCAACCGCUGCGCCAAGGGCUACCAGCAGAGCCGCUCCCCCAUCGCUCCUUGCAUCAAGAUCCCAGUUGCAUCUCCAACGUCAACUUACAGCAGUUAUGAAGAGCCAUCAGAUUGUGAAUCCCACUGUAAAGUUUCAAAAGGAAAAAUGAAGAUCACCAUGAAGAAAUACUGUAAAAAAGACUAUGCUGUCCAGGUCCACGUUCUGAAGGGGGACAAGGCGGGCGAAUGGUGGAAGUUCACAGUCAACAUCAUCUCCGUGUAUAAGCAAGGUGAGCACCGUAUCCGCCGCGGGGACCAGCUGCUGUGGGUGCGCGCCAAGGACGUGGCCUGCAAGUGCCCCAAGAUCAAGCCCGGGAGGAAGUACUUGCUCCUGGGCACGGACGACGACUCCCCCGGCCAGAGCGGCGUGGUCGCCGACAAGGGAAGCCUGCUCAUCCCCUGGAAGGACCUGUGGGGCCGCCGGCUCAGGAAGUUCCAGCAGCGUGACAAGAGGGGAAAGUGCUAAAAGUUUCUGGUACCGGAGGGGAAAAGAGAGAAAUAUGGAGGAGAGAGGCAGAGGCAAAAAGGAAUUCCUCCCCUGGAUUAAAACAUGGAAGAGGAAAAGGAUGGGAAAAAGAUAAACUGGAAGAAUUAAACAUAGAGGGACACAGGUGAAGAGUAGGAGAAACGAGGGACUGACUGCUGCUCUGAGCUGGAGUGAAGAAACUAGUUUGUUUUGUUUUAUUUAGGAACUUUUGUGAAGGAGCUCAUUCUACACUUGUUCUACUCCUUUGUCUUUCAGUGUGUGUUUCGUCGUGUAAAUUGCAGAGUUUGCACCUAAUUUCACAGAUGUGUUUCCUCCUGACCAUUUUACCUAUGACGCUGUUUUCAUUAUUAAAGUCGCGAGCGGCACAGAAAUGCAUCACCUGUAUCCCAGUUUUGUGUCUUCAGAGGAUCUAUUUUCAUUGUGCUGUGAAACGCUGUUCAAAGUUAUUUCGCAGCAUCGAGGGAAUUAACCCCGAGCAUGAUGUAUUGCUUUUUACAGUCUGCUAAACUUCGUUUUAGACGAAGCUGAAUAUUAGAACUGGUCUCAGAGUGCCAUUUCUGCUGGGAGGCUCCCUGGUCAUAUGUGAGUGUUACGUAGUUGUGUUUAGGAACAAAACGCCAUCAGGAUCCUCUCCUUGUUCUGUAAAGUGAUCUCUCUCUACAAGCACGUUUUUGUUCAGCGCUUAUCUUUACCUACAACAUGUUGCUGCAACCUCUGACCUCUGCAAUGUAAAGUAACCAUAUGUGUAUACGUAAGUGUUAUUUUUGUUUUUUCUUUUGUAGAUGAUGCCAACGCAUCGGGUAGGUGUAGAGUAGACUGGUCAACCAUGCACUUAUUUCUACUAGUCCGAAGUUUUAGAACAUAUGAGAUAUGUUCACGUUUUUUUAGAGUGACAUCUAAAAGGAAAAAGAAAAUCCCAAGUAUAUUAUUUGACUUAAAAAAAAUAAAGAAAGAAGGAUUUUGUAUAGCCAUCACGACUCUUGCUAGCCUCGCCGAUGUGCAUGUGGACUGAUGUUUGUGGAAAACAGCUCCUUUUAUCAAGUUUAUCAGGUCUAGAUGACGGUCAGUUUUGAGUUCCAACAAUGAGAUAAAUAUUAGUUGGAUGUCCCAAAUCUUUCCAAGUGAAGGAACUGAUGUACUCAUUUAAAGCCACCUAAUGUAGUUAUACCACCUGCAACCGGCAUACCACAAGAACGUUCAUGUGUCAGCCCCGAAAUAAAGACACAAUGUCAACACAGCAGAUCUACAGGACUGUCUCAGAAAAUUAGAAUAUUGUGAUAAAGUUCUUUAUUUUCUGUAAUGCAAUUAAAAGAACAAAAAUGUCAUACAUUCUGGAUUCAUUACAAAUCAACUGAAAUAUUG